GUCCUCCAUCUCUACUUCGGCAAAUCCGUUGACGACUUCAAUGCCGCAUUCCGCUCUUCGCAGAGCUCAAGUACCUUUUCUAACACCUCCUUGGGCCCUUCUUCCUCUUCCGCCAAUACCAGCAACACAACUUCCACCUCUGGCAGCUGUAGCAAACCCACCGUCAAUGUAUUCCACAGCCUCACAACCCGUUCCAAUUACUACUGCAAUCUGCCUCAUCCUCAAUCUCACGCUGUCUACGUAGCUGAUCCUGUUACAGAGAUGUGCAACCAAGCAGAGCGCGCUGUGGUACACGAUCUUGAGGCGGCGGUGGGUCACGCCCGUAGUUUGGGCUGUCCGGUGCCGCUUGACACAGUGACGGGCUUUGAAACAGGUUGCCAUCUCAGCGGCGAGUCAAACGUAGUUCUGCUGAUUGGAUGGAAAACCGUCCAUCCCAUAGCACUGCCCAGCGUGGACGAGAUGUUCAAUUGGGCUGAAGUGUUGGAGCGCGCGCUGAUUGACUCCAACUAUCACGUCACAUUGUGCCGCGUUGGUAGUGCCAGUGACAACACUUCAGCAAGCAGUUGCGUACUUGGUGCUGCAGGCGGUGGCUGCGGCGGUAUCAGCGGUAGCGGAGGAGUUGGCUCCGUGUCAACAUCCUCUUCCACCACUUCUGGCAUCAUUCCCACCUCCAACGUUGUUGUUAGCGGUAGUGGCGUUACCUCUGUCUCCUCCUCUUCCUCCUCCUCUCGUCUGCAACUUGGUCUUCAAGCUAGUCUCCACGUCCAACAAUGGCGCCUUUGUCUUAUCGGUGAACCCUCUGCUGGCUGUCAGUUCAUUGCACAGUGGCGACUGGAUGCAUUGGAUGCCGCCUACACAAUGGAGAGUGGUAGCAAUAGUGGCACCUUUUCCGCCUUCGGUGGAUCCACUUAUGACCCCGUGGGAGGGCAACCUUUCCUGGGAUUCACCCCACCUGGUGCUCAAGGUGUCUUCCCAACUUUCAGUACCUCCUAUCAGAACGACGAUCGGUUCUUUUUGGAGGCAAAUCGUGCUGCUGGCAAAGGGCUGGCAGGCAACUACGUCUUCCAAGUGGACGGCCGACGGUUGGGACAGCUGGCGCGCGCUAUAGAUGAGUUGAUGUUGCGUCGCUUUCCAGCGCUUACCGCGCCACCAGGCACCCGGGUUCUUCCUUCCACCAACACCGAUGAUGAAUCUCUGCAUUUACGCAAGUCCGCUGCUAUCGAUAUUCGCUCCAGCUGUGGUGCCAGCAAGCCACUCUUUGGUGCUUCGUCCUCCUCGCUCUCACCUCCCACUGGCGUCGGUGGUGGUGGUGGCGGUGCCACUGGUGGGGGAGGCGGUGCUGUUUUUGGCUCCGCUUCUCCUCAUGGUAGUAGUGGUUCAUUCGCACCUUCCAGUUUGCCAACAAGGGGUGGCGGUGCGUCUACUGUUCCUGCUUCCGCUGCUGUGGUGGAAGAAGUGUCGAUGGUCCCACAGCACUCUUCUUCGUCGACAUCUUCUUCUCGAUCGAAAAAAUCGGGACAUCGGCAGUUCUUCGGAGGUGCUCAAACAUUAGGGCGAUCAGACGCGAUCAAGAUUCCCACACGACGAUUCACUACGGCACUUUCCAAGAUGACUGGGGAUGGUGGAUUCUCCUCACGUGGACGAUCUUCAUCUAAAACGGGUUCUGGUGAAGGCAGUGCGGAGGGCAGUUCUUCAGAUGCCUCCUCUACGAAACCACAACCACCUCUCUACUUUCCUUCUGUCAUGGUUGGUGCGGGAAUCAUCACCUCCCUCGUGCCUGCUCCACCUCCACCUUCCCAAUCUGCGCGUUAUGAAGUGUUCGGCACAUCUGCUGCACCUCCUGUCACAGCCGCUAGUUCACUUCGACCAAAGCAGAAAUCAGAGCUCCCUCCACCUCCACCAUUGGCUGCUCCACCUCCGCCACCACCACAUCCGCUGUCACACUGUACACCCCCCUCUUCCCCGUUCUCUCUAGCCUGUGAGCGUUGUCAAAGGCGUAGACAAAGGGAUCAUCAGAAGACCCCUUCCGCUGAUCCUGCCUCGAUUUCCUCCGAAGAUGGUGGUGGCGGGGUUGGCGGUGGUGGGAACGGUGGCGGCAUAUUCGCUGCUGAUGAAGACGUUGAGCAACCAAUGCCUUUGGCGGUGGUGGAAUGCCGGCGCUCACCUCCUACUCACCGCGCGUUUUACAAUCUUUACAAACAAGUCUACCACGCAGUGGAACCGUUCCAUACGAAUUGCAGGCUUCCUCGAAGUGGAUCUUUUGAUGUUUGUACUGCUAGAAAACGAAAAUUGGCCCGAGAGAGGGUAUUCGAAGCUCUCGGGGGUGGUGAGGGUAGCCCUUUGGAUUGCUUAUUACACAAACUUUCCCCACCAUUGGAUAAUGCUGCCUCCUGUGUCUUUCUUCUUGCCUUUUCCCCACCUCUCAAACCACUUUCGAAAGAGGAAAUGGAGUACCGAUGGUACUUAGUGCACCGGCCAGGGAGCUGUUGUUCUCGAUGCUGCCUGUGGAAUGCGCCAAUCUUUCUAGCAGAACUGAACCUCCAAGAUGUAGUCGCUCAUCAGAUGCAUAUUCUAUCCUUGAAGAAGGAUAUGAUCACUUCAGAGCCCUUACGCAGCAUUCCCUGUGGCGCCAUCCCUUGUCUCUCUACUUCACGACUCUUUGUUUGGCAAUUCUCCGGUGGUUCGCUCUAUGGCGAAAUGUCACAAUGUUCCUCCCACGUUAAGUCGACCCCCCUACGGCCCUGGUCGGUGCUCUACCUCGGUCCAGAUAGUGAAAUUGAUGAUGGCACCCUUCCUGUUUCCCCGUCUGUUCUCUCUGUCUCCUCCCCAUACUGUUGUUGCUACUGUGGUUCUCCCCUCUCUCAGCCUCAAUGUAGGUCUCGAAUACAACAGCAACAUCAACAAUCUCAAUAUAACCAGCCUCCACAGCUAAAUUAUCAUGCCUAUGCGAAUCUGAUUCGGAACAUUGGUAGUAGCACUCUUCCCAGUGUUUCUCGGCGUAGUCAUCACCACCAAACCGCUCCAGUUGUCUUUCCUGAAAAACCCUCAGCUUCUCGUGACAUCCCUGUCGAUCAAAAUCGUCGCGGAGUUUUCUCUACUUCUUCCACCUCGUGUUCUACGUCACAAGCCUCGUCACCAAGUUCGCCUCAGGGUCACGUCUCUUACUACAACCUCACGAGUAAUGUGGGCAUCGCUUGUCUCCCACCGAAUCCCCUGAAGUACUCUUUCCACGAGGAGCGCUCGAGUGGAGCGUACGCAAACUUGCAACAUCUUUAUGCCCCACUGAAUCCUCAGCAAGCCCGAUUACGAAUGCCGUGUAGCGUUCGGACCUCUGCAUCCACUGCUGUCACAGAUCAAAUACCAGACGAGAUCCGCGAGCCAAAACGGAAUUAUGCAUUGGUGGACCUCCGUCCUAGUCCGGCUAGUUCGGUGAUUGCUCCUGGCGAUACAAUCACUUUGGUAUCUACCUCUGAAGACGCGGUUUUAACAACACCCGACGGUGGUGUUGGUGGUGGAGUUGGCGGUUGUGGUAGUGGAAGUCGAACUGAUUCAAGUGCUUCUACUUUGCACACAAACACUUCUACCUCCUCGUCGGCUGCAACAUUCGUUCCAGGAAAUGGUGGUAAUCGCCCACGAACUGCUUCGCAGCACCGACGAACCUCAUCGCAUUCGUUAAUUGCUGUGCUUCCCGUUCCAACACUAAAUUACGUUCACAUCAUGACCAAGCGGGAUGCGGAAGCAGCAGCAGCGGGCGCUGCAGGUUGUGAGAGUCCAGCUUCCUCUUCCACUGCUACCUCUUCAACUGCGAGUUCAUCAGAAAAGGAACAACGGGCUCCCACUGCAGUUCCUUUAAAUUUAACAACAACUGCGGCUCUAGCGCCCCACGCGGAGCAGAUUCCCUACGCACAAAUCGACUUUGAGCGCACAAGAGCCUUGAAUGCGGUGAACGGAGCAGGAGAGGUGAAUCACCUUCAUGGACACCAUUUCCACCACUCCCAUCAUCACAAAGCGGCCACAAAUGCGUUCACUACGCCCUUGGGCGGUGGCAAGACAUCACUAGUGAGUGGAUGCGGUGGUCUGCGUGGCUUGAGCGCGCGAAAAAAGUCUGAUGGAUGGUGA